AUGUCCGGCAUUGGUACAAGAACAGUGUCUGGUGGCAGCAGUGCCGGUGAAGAAGCGUCAAAAGCGGCUCGAGUUGACAACCAACGGGAAAGUUCACACGCUUCACUCAAUCAUACAACUCAUCGGCUGAGUCUGCAUUCGGCCGGAGCUUCUGCCUCGCUGCGACCCCCGCACGGAAGCGGUUGGAUUCGAAAUCAUACCACCACACUCUACUCCACUUCACACACCUCCCCAUAUCGCUACACACUUUGGUCAAUGUGGAGCGGUUGCCCUCGCUUUUUCUGUGAGUAG